AUGAGAACAAUUGAGAGAUAUAAGAGGAAUCGUGGAAAGGAAUUAGUAUCUGAAGUAUCCCCAUAUUCAAACAGAGAGAACUUAAUUAAUUGUUUUCCUUUCCAAUAUGUUCAUGUUCAGUACUGGAAACAAGAAGUUAGAAAGUUGAAGCAACAGGUUGAGAGUUUAACAAAUGAAAGGAGGAUGUUAGAAGGAGAAAACAUUUCAAGUUUAGGUAUAAAGGAACUCAAACAACUUGAGGAUUUCCUGGAACGAAGCGUUGCUCUGGUGCGGUCAAAGAAGGAGGAAUUGCUUAUGCAAGAGAUUGAUGCCAUCCAGCAACGGGAGCAAAUUCUACUUGCUAACAACCAGUAUCUUCAAUCAAAGAUAGCCAGAAUCGGGAAUCAAUAA